AUGUCGAUGGACCUGGACCCAGUUCCAGGUCUCCCUCUCUUGUCCACACUCUUCUGUAACUCAACCACUGUCAAGAAGAAGACGACGGUGAAAUGUGCAUUUCCGGAUGUGCUGUACACGAAAAAAACGUUGUACGGUGGCGCCAUUGGAGCAGGAAUCAGUGUACUCGAGCUCGCGCUGAUCGCCGUAUUCAUCCUCCUCUGCUUCAAAAUCAAACACGACGUCACCAAAGUGUUUCUGAGCAUCGUCUAUAUUCCACUCGGGCUCUCCUCGGUUUUUAAGAUGGCUCUGGCCGUCUACAGUAUUCUAGAAGGGGCUUAUGGUUGGUGUUAUAUGGUUUUUCUGAUGUUCUACAACUGGCUCUACACCACUGCCGUUCUGAACACAUGCAUCGGUUCCAUUCUCUACCUUUGUGCUCUGAUCAUUGUGGCAAGGAAACGGCAGAACUUCAAGCCUUGUGAUUCCUGGUCAGUUUUCGGUAUUCGUUGGCGGUUAGUUAGAGUUUAUUUCAGGAUCUCCUACUUUUCUGUCCUUUUCUUCUCCGCCCUCCUCUCCGGCUCCUACCACUUUGUCUCCUAUCAAUGGAACCAACUUCCGGCGGCUUCUCUCUUCUUCACCUAUAUCCUAGCCACCAUCGGAAUCGUUGCAGAGCUUCUUGUGGUAGACCCAUUAUAUGAUCUUUCUUUGACUUUCAACAUUCAGUGUCUAUGCGUCGGUUUGCUAUGCUCCAGACGACCCAACAGUUCGGAUGUUGUCGUGUUGAGCGGAGACCCGGUGGUGGACGAUGCCCGGAGCCGUCUGGCAUGGGGCUCAUUGGCUGUGAUCAUCAUGAAUGUGCCAAUGUGGUUCGAGAUGUGUAAGUUUUCUACCAGACACAUCGAAGGUUACAGUAGUCCCCUCCUAGGCACCUGUUUCAUGUUAAUUGAAAUUUAUUCUUAUUCUUACCUACAGUAAUCAGCUUUUCACCUGGAAAUUGUCUCAUUCUCACCUGCGAGGCUCCAAUUACUCGAAUUCCAGAUGUGAAAAUAGUCGAGUUGUUCACUCCGUACCUCUGGGAUUCCGAUGACGAAAAGACUGUCUACUACACGGCGCAGGCGAUCGAACUGCUCACUUUCGAUAUCGUCCGAAUCUUCCUGAGCUUCUUCAUGCUUCUUGCGCUCUUUUUGACCGUUUCCGCAAGAUUUGCCAUUGACCUCUGGCUUCAACGAAAACCGCAUCCGAUGGAUACUCAUAGCCACUCGAAGCAUGCUUCCCAACAGGCUCACAACAAGGUGUUCAUUGCAAAUCAAAACCAGCCGCUUCUUAUGGAAACUGGAGAGAAGAAGGAGCAUCAUCACCAUCAGCACGAAAAGAAGUCCCCGCCACCGCCGACACCUCCAGACCACAAGAUUGCGCCUCAGCCGACCAUCGCUCCGCCAGCUGCUCCGAUUCCAAAUCAAGUUCCUCCACAGUACCCCGGAAUCGGAUUCGCGCCCGGAAUGCUCCAAUUGCCGCACAAUAUGCAAACGACCAUCGUGUAUACUCCCGCAAUGGCAUAUGAGAAUGUGAAUGGGCAGAUUGCGGUGGAGCAGUUGAAAUAA